UGCGGGGCCGUCCCGCUCCCGCGCAGCACUUUCGGUUCGCGGGGCGCGGGAGCGGCACGUGGCGGGACCCCCCCGGGCCGGCCGGGUCAGACUCCCGAAGCCCAUGGGUGACCCCGAGGUGGGUGCCCGCCCCGCCAGGAAGGGGGGCACUUUGUCCCCCCGGGGCGGUGCCAGCGAGUCGAGCACGCUGCUGCAGGAGCUCCGGAGCACCAUCUCCAAAUCCGUGCAGAGCAAGGUGGACUCCAUCCUGCAAGAUGUGCAGAAGUUCUCAGACAGUGACAAGCUCUACCUGUACCUGCAGCUGCCCUCGGGCCCCAGCCUGGGCGAGAAGAGCAGCAGCAGCUUGGACCUGAGUGCCCUGGGCACAGCCGAGUACAUGCACGCCUGCAACUGGAUCAGGAACCACCUGGAGGAGCACACGGACACCUGCCUGCCCAAGCAGGACGUCUAUGAUGCCUACAAGAGAUACUGCGACAACCUGGGCUCCCGCCCCCUCAGCACGGCCAAUUUCGGGAAGAUCAUCCGGGAGAUCUUCCCAAACAUCAAAGCCCGGCGCUUGGGAGGCCGAGGACAAUCCAAGUACUGUUAUGGGGGGAUCAGGAGGAAAACCGUGGUCAGCCUCCCUCCCCUGCCCAGCCUGGACCUCAAAGUCACAGAGACCUCGGAGCUGGCGGAGCUGGUGCAGUCCUACCCCAGCGAGGUGAUGGAGGCCGCCUGCGCCCUGACCUGUGACUGGGCCGAGAAGAUCCUCAAGCGCUCCUUCAACAACAUCGUGGAGGUGGCGCAGUUCCUGCUGCAGCAGCACAUCAUCAGCUCCCGCUCGGCCCACGCCGACCUGCUCAUGGCCAUGGUGGUCUCAGAGAACACGGAGAAGACCCCCCAGGAGAACCGUCCCCCUCCCACAGCCAAGAAGAACGGGCUGGACCCUCCCGAGAGCAACGAGAGGAUCCAACAAGAACAGGGCAAGAAGGAGCCGCCCCCCAAGCCCCCGGGGCGGCCGGAGAAGAAGAAAACCCCGGAGACCCCACGCUCGUGCAGCAGCCCCCAGGUGAACGCCCUGGUCGCCCGCCUGCCCCUGCUCCUGCCCCGCAUCCCCCGGAGCCCCCCGGUCCCCCGCGCUGCGCCCCGGCCCCCCGUGCUGGUGCCCUGUCUGACGGCGGCCCCGCUGGGCGGGGCUGGGGGCACGCUCAAAGUGGCCCUGCCCUUGCCCGUGGGUGCCACCGCAGCCCCUCGCUGCCCCUGGCGCUGCCCCCCGGCCCCGCGGGGCUGCUGAGCCCCCCCACGGCCAUCCCCGUGCUCAACGUGCUGCUG